AUGUACAUCACUCUCUACUACCUCGUCACCCGGCUCCCUGACUCCCUUCGCUCGGUCAGGGACCACUUCCUUUCCCUUUGCCCCACCACACUCACCGUUGACCUCCUCGAGGAGCGCCUCCUAGCAGUUGAGAAGAGUAUAGUCGCUGUAGGAGCCUCUCGUGGUGACCCUCGUGCCCCUUUCUUUGAGGGGUGCUCCCCCGUUCCCCUCUUGCCUUCUGUUGCCUCUGCUGCUGCUGUCGACCUCGUUGGCACCGAGUCGGUCGACGCUGCGUCUGCUCCUAGUGGGAGGCGCCGCAGCGGCAUUAGCAAGGGGGGCAAGGGUGCUAAAGGAGACGGCGGGGGCGGCGGUGGUGGCGGUGGAGGCAGUAGAGGGGGUGGGGGUGGAGGGGAGACGUGUGGAGGACCGCGCGCAACACUGCGCUACUUUGGCCGCCUGACUGACGCUUGGCGUACGCAGUUUCCCGACUCCUCUGAGAUCCCUCGCUGGGGUGAUCUACUUAAGUCGGGGGUUGCUAUCUUUGGUCUUGAUUAUGAUGCUAUCCUUGCUGCUAUGUAUGCUGUGUCUAUUAGUGCUGAGGGUGACUAUUACCUGUGUGUUCCGCCCGACCUGGGCAUUGAGGCUGCUGCUCUAGGUGCUAGUGAGUCUGCUCCUCCAGGUGCUGGUGAGUCUGCUGCCCCAGGUACUGGUGAGUCUGCUCUCUCAGGUACCGUGCCGGCUCAGGCCUUACACACUUUCACCCUUGACUCGGAUGCUUCCUGCUCCUUCUUUCGCGACUGCACCACACUCUCGCCGCUCAGUCGGCCCGUGGCAGUCUCUUUGGCUGACCCCUCUGGGGGUCCGGUCCUUGCUCACUUCUCCACGGUCCUGCCGUACGCGGCGAUCCCGUCUGGCUCUCUGUCCGGCCUCCACCUCCCCUCGUUCUCCACGAACUUGGUGAGUGGAGCUAUACUUCAGGACGCCUGGGUUGACCAGUUCACUCCUGGAGGUCAGCGGGUGACCCACUGUUCGUGUACUCGGACGGGCCGGCACCUGGCCACGUUCACUCGUCUGCCUGGGUCGAGCCUGUACACCCUGUCUACCGUGUCUCCUCCGGUUGCUGAGUCUGGUCAGGUAGCUGCGUCAGGUUAG